AUGAAGAAAAUCGUGGAUACAGGACCACGCGACACCAUUGCAGGCCGCCUGGAAGACAUGUUUACGGACGUCAACCAGCAGAGCGACCGGUGCGUGAUUCAGAUCUCAGAUGGGAGCUUUGGAACUAUUGCAGGAGAUGCCGCGCUGAGACUUGACUUGGGGAUGCGGCAGCUCUGGCUGGCCGCGUUCCGCAUGUAUCAAGACCUGCCGACCGACGCGCAAAAGAAAGACCGCUUGGCGAAAGCGCGAAUGAAACCAGACGAAAGUGCACUUCAUGACCUCGCCUCGCUUGCCUCGCGACUUGGUUUCGAGUCGGAAAAAGUGAGAAAGAUAUUGCAGGCGUCACCGGACAGGGCCAUCGCUGAACACGCUCUGCUGGCCGCUCGGAAGCCAGGGCGGUUCCGGUACGCAAAUCGCGAGCAGCGCAUCCAACAAGUGGUUGACGUGUUCGCGACGGCCGUUCCGAUGUCUGACGCCGAAGCAUCGGAGCAUGCGGAUACCAGCGUGCGCGUCCAGCCUCCAAACCGAUACGGAAUACCCCACGAUCUGGAUCACGAACGCGAUAAAACCCGGCUGUUCCUUCCGAAGCUGGACGAAGCGGCAGAAUCGGAUCAGACCGAGCUGCGCUCGUUGUUCAUCAGAAGGUCGGUGUAUUUGGCCUACUUCGGACAACCUCCAUCGACCCAGGGCUGCACUGCAGACCGCGACGCGACAAAUCGAGAUGUGUCCAUGACUGACCGGACAUCCCCACCAUUGGAGGUCUCAAAUCAUGUGGAGUUAAGCAGGGCUCUCAUCGCACGUGCCCUUGACCCGGAGCUGGACGCGCCACACGACGACUCGCAUCGAGCUGAUGACCAGAGGUCCACGCUGCAGCUAUUACGGCGAGACAUUGAGAAUGAGCGGUCAAAGUUAGAUCAGCUCAAUGCUCUGCUUGCCGCAGCGCAGGCCAAGAUCGAGGAUAAGGAAACGCUGUUGGGGAUGCUCGCUAGACAAGAGGAGGAACAACACGCCAAGAUCGAGGAGACGGAAACUUUGUUGGGACUACUCGCUACACAAGAGGAGGAAAAACACGCCAAGCUGCGACAGUUGGAAGAGAUGCAGCAGGAGCAACAGGAAAAACUGGAUCGCUUGACACAAAGGGUUGCAUCCUCUCUUCGCGAGACCUUAUCCUGGCAACGAAAUUCGGCAAAUCACUUUUAUGUUAAGUCGACGCAUUACCUGCCCUCCGACUGUCAAGGAGCAGCCUUUUUAUCCUCCAAUGCAUCAUGA